AUGUCUAUUCAUAAAAGUCAAGGACAGACAAUUCAUCGUGUUAAAGUCGAUCUCGGGCGUGUCUUCGAGAAAGGUAACCACAAUUCAUCCCCAUCGCUGUCCAGCGAAUUGACUCUCGUGUUAGGUCAAAGUUACGUGGCUCUCUCCCGAGCCUCGUCCAUCGAGGGUCUGCAAGUUAUUGGAUUCAAUCCCAAAAAAGUCAUCGCUCAUCAUAAAGUGAUUGAGUGGAAUCAAACUCUACAAAGCGUUCACGAGAAUAUCUAA